GAGUGCUCAUUGGGGUGAUCAAGGUCCAUUCGCCCUGUGUGUGGGGAGCCACAGCCCCAUCCCUCAGGACAUGAAGCAGACACGGAGGAGGCCCGGAACCCAGACCGCCAGAGGCCCCCCAGGGCAUGGGAGCCCCCGGAGGACCACCGCAGGGAGAAUAGCAGCCCCUCACCCAGAAAAGGGCAGAGGAGAGCUCCGGAGGGAGGCCAUCCGGCAGCCACCGUGCAGGAGCCCCAGGGGGCCGUGGCGGCGAGCCCGCAGGCUCCACUGGCGGCCGGCCCCACCACGGCAAACCAGGCCCUGGGCCCAGAGAUCCAAGGGCCCCCCUACCCCCCAGCAAGGGCCCGACAGAGCCAGGAGGGCCAAAUCCCGCCAGGCAACCGCCGAGGGCGAGCCAGCACCCACCCGAGCACCCAGCCCCGGACAUCGAGAACCACCAACGCACCAGCGGCCGGGGGCCCCAUCCACCGGCAGGGAGUGUGGCGGGGGGGAAUAGAGCCCGAGAUGUUAUUUCGGGUGGAGUCUAGGACCCAACCUGACACAUGCGUAUAGACAAACAGGCAUACACAUAUACAAGCAUACGUUCCCACCCUCAUGCACACAUAAACAAAUAUUUACACAUUCACCCAACAUAGAGAUACACAGAAAUGAACGCUGUACACAUACUCUCACUCCCCAUAUAUACUCUAUGUGGACCCCAUUUUUGUCCUCUGGCGAGGAGACCAGAAGACCACCCCAGACCCCGCAGCAGCCGAGAAGCGCACCAGCCCAGACCCCGACCAGACGGCCAGAUCAGUGGCCUUUCAAAGUCAGAUUGUGGACUUUUAUCGUCGAGAUCAUAUAUGAUCUUCAAUACAUCACUGAUAAUUGGCCUGCACGCCGCAUUGGCCUUCACCAGAUCGUUAGCUUUGACGAUCUUCAUAAAGUACGCCGGAUCCAUACGAGCCAUGCGAACCUACACAGGAAACAAGAAUGAGAGAAUUCCCAUGAGUUCCUUAGUGCUUUCUGUGAAUCUCUGGAGAUGAGCAAUUUCUAACAUUAAGAAUACAGCAGUAAGUGCAAAUUUUAAUUUCUUUAGCUGAAGCCAUUUACAUAGAAAGUCUCAGAUGUGUCAGCUAACACUUGUUUAAUGUAAGAUAUUUGAGUGUGUUGUUUUCCAUUAUUUGUUACACUCUCCUCCCAGGUGUAAUACCUGGAAGCCUUGGUUGUAGACUUAUCGGACAUGGAAAUGGAGGUUCGGUCUCUAGCUACAGUAAUAAGGACUUCACUCAAUGAGCAUUCUAUUGUUAUAUACACAAGUCAAUGCGAACAUAGUAUAACUAUACUCACCUUGGGCAACAGAACUGAAAUGUGGGCCUCUCGGGUGGCAGGCUCGUGCUCGAUCCACUGGAGGAUGGCCUCAAACACCGCAUCUUCCUGUUUCACAUUCAGCUCAUCCUUCUCAAUAAUGUCGCAAAGUUCU